UGUCAAUUGACCGCAAACGAUCUCUGCUAUCGGCCUAUUCCGACGGCGACCCCACUGCUGAUAAGAACGGCGACUGCCGAUAUCAGCUACUCCGCCAUACUACUUAUACACGAUCUCUCUUUCCCAUUCCACCACCACCACGAAUAUCAUCAUCAGUAUUCUCAAUCACUAUCAUAAUGCCUCCACCAACUCUCUCAUCCCCCACUCCGCACCUCACCCUCACCCCAGAACCCCUCACCCCAGCGGCCUUCUCCCCCUUCGGCACAGCAAUCACCUCACAACUCCCCCGCACCACCACGACGCCCCCACCACCCUCAACCCUCCAAGCGCUGCACCCGAUCCCCGUCCUCGCGAACCAGAACUCCGCCCUGAAGUUCAGUCCGAUCUCCCCCCUCGAUGACAACUACGCAGCCUGUCCCAGCGGCCGCGCCUCCGCCGCCCGCAUGACCAUGUUCUCCUGCUUCCCGCGCACCCUGCGCGCCUCCCCCCGCAGCAGCCACAGAGCCGUCUUCGACGUCCGCAUCCUCGAGCGCCACCCCUUCACCACCCAGACCUUCUCCCCGCUCGAUCUGUCAAGCCAACAGACUACCGGCGCGCAGAACGUUCCGGAACCCUACUAUCUGGUGAUUGUGGCGCCCUCGCUAAAGGGCUCGACGGCGCGAGCCACCACCGCCGCAGGGGAGGUCGUCUUCGUCGCGGACCCGCCGGAUUUGAGUCGCGUGAAAGCGUUUGUUGCCCGCGGCGGCCAGGCUGUUACGUACGGCCCGGGCACGUGGCAUGCGCCUAUGGUCGUCGUCGGGGAUAGGCGCGUGGACUUUUUGGUCGUGCAGUUUGUCAAUGGGGUUGACUCUGAGGAUUGUCAGGAGGUUGUGUUUGGGGAGGGUCUUGCGGUUGAGGUGGAUCGGCGGGUCGAUGGGUGCGGGGAUGGGGAGAGUAAGGGCGUGAAGGCGAGGCUUUAGAGGAAGAUUUACGCGGGGGUGGGUUGCGGUUAUGAUGGAAUAUGUGGGAAAAAGUAUUGUACAUAGCUAUUGAACCGAAAUAAUCUGGGGGUGGUGGGG